AUGAUCUACACCAAUGUCACAAGGAUGAGAAGCUUCUUCAUCCUUGGAUUCCCGGGACUUUCAGCAAAGUAUUAUGGACAUGUGUCAGCUCUUCUCUUUGUUAUCUAUCUCACUAUUGCAAUAGGAAAUAUUUUCGUUUUAGCAUUUGUGAUCUAUGAGAAGUUUCUUCAUAAACCAACAUAUCUGGUCUUUUGUCACCUGGCCCUAAAUGACUUAACAUUUGGCACUGUGACGCUUCCAAAGAUCAUAUCAAAAUAUUGGUUUGGUGAUGGCUUUAUUUCACAUCAUGGGUGCUUUACACAGAUGUUCUAUGUUCAUUAUUUAGGAUCAGUAACUUCUUUCAUUUUGUUGAUAAUGGCUCUUGAUCGAUUUAUUGCAAUUUGUAUUCCACUGCGUUAUCCUGUCCUAAUCACAAACAACAUCAUAUCUGUGCUCUGUGGGUUAGCUUGGUUCAUACCUCUGCCUAUGAUGGUGACCAUUGUACUCCACGCCCUCACUUUACCUUACUGUAAAUCAAAUGUCAUUGCUCAGUGCUUCUGUGACCACAUUUCUAUAACAAGUCAGGCAUGUGGUGAGGAAGUUAAAAUUGUACAACUUGCUGCUCUCUGUAUGGCCAUGUUUUGUCUCUUGCUGCCUCUUGCAAUCAUCUUGUUUUCCUACGCUUCCAUUAUUAUGGUCAUUUUUAAAAUGUCCAAUGCUGCAGGCCGCAAAAGAACCUUAUCAACUUGUUCUCCACAAAUAUUUAUCACUUGCCUUUUUUACCUUCCCAGAUGUUUUGUUUAUGUAGCUAAUACUGUUGGAUUUUCUUUCAGUUUAGAUGUUCGUAUUUUAUUGGUUUUGUUGUACAGUCUUUUUCCUGCUGCUGUUAAUCCAAUUAUAUAUUGUUUCAAGACUCAGGAUAUCAAGCAGACUUUGAUAAAGAAGCUGAAAAAGACUAGGAUUGGUAUAGAGAUAAAACUUUCAUUCAAAUAA